CUCACAUUCGAUUCAAGUUACAAGACUGCCCACAAGACUGCAUCAUUCUGGGAAAGGCACCACAUAUUAUUAACAAAUAAGCAGCAGAACGUUCUGGCCGAAGGAUUCCUCAAGAUGAAACAUUCAUGCUUUUUACCGUAUAUGGCUGUCAUUAUGGCUCUCUUUGGUUCACCUAGCUUGGCGCUGGAGAGCUGCCUUCAAGAACAGCUACGGCUACAGGCGCAAGUGAGACUUUUGGAGAAUCAGGUGAAAGUGCAACAAAUAAAAAUUCAGAAUCUGCUCCAAGAAAAGGAACUUCAGUUAAUGGACCGAGGAGAUGAAAACAGAGUUAUUAAUCUGGCAGAAAAAAGGGUUUACGCAGAUUGUGCAGAGAUCUAUAAUGAUGGACAUAAGCAGAGUGCAUUCUACAAGAUAAAGCCUUUGCAGAGCACAGAUUCAUUCUAUGCUUUUUGUGAUAUGUCUGAGGGAGGAGGCUGGACUGUUUUUCAGAGGCGCUCUGAUGGAAGCCAGAACUUCAAUAGGAACUGGACUGAAUAUAAGCAAGGAUUUGGUGAUUUUACUUCUGCAAAAGGGGAAUACUGGCUUGGGAAUGACAAUCUGCAUUACCUGACAUUACAAGGAGAUUAUAUCCUUAGAGUUGAACUUGUGGAUUUUGAAGGGCAACGACGGUUUGCACAGUACAAAAGUUUUAGUGUUGGUGAUGAAGAGACCUCAUAUCAAAUGAGCUGCGGAGAGUACACCGGUACAGCUGGAGAUUCCAUUACUGCAGGUUUCAACCCAGAAGUCACGUGGUGGGCAAACCUCAGUGGGAUGAAGUUCAGUACUCAAGACAGAGACAAUGAUAAUUAUGAGGGAAACUGUGCCGAGGAGGACAAAGGAGGCUGGUGGUUUAACAGGUGCCACGCUGCCAACCUAAAUGGUUGGUAUUACAAGGGACCCUACACAUCUAAAACGGAUGAUGGCAUUGUCUGGUACACAUGGCAUGGAUGGUGGUAUUCCCUUAAAUCUGUUACCAUGAAGAUAAGACCUGCUAGUUUUGAGCCAAAUGUAGUUUAGAUUGUUCUGUUCUGGAUGGCUGUGAAUGUGAGCUCUCCUGCAGGAAAUUGUGGGACCUGUUUAAACAUAAAGUAAGGAAGAACCCAUGUUUAAAGGGGUACCAUUAACUUUUAGUAUGUUAUAGAAUGAUCAGUUCUUAACAACUUUUUAAUUUGAUUUCAUUUUAUAUUUUUUUAUAGUUUUUGAAUUUUUGCCUUGGCUCUUUCUUUCAUUCAAAUGGAGUCUGUGAGACUACAAUUUUAUUUUUAUUGUUUUACUUAUUUUUCUAUCCAUCUCCUACUUAUAUUCCAGUCUCCUAUUAAAACCACUACUUUGUUGCUAGGGUAACUUGGACCUGCUGAACAAAAAUCUAAAUAAUUCAAUAACCACAAAUAAUAAAAAAUAAAGAUCUAUUGCAAAUUGUCUCAGAAUAUAACUCUCUAUAUCAUGCUAAAAGUUAAUAUAAAGGUAAACAACCCCUAUAAGUUUGAUUUUGUUUUCAUAUAUUUGUAUAUCUGUAUAAGGGUUUUAUUUUUUAGGUGCACAGAACACUCCUUUUAGAAUGAGUGGGAACUACCAUACUAAAGCAUCCUCUUUGAACAAUAGAACAGCAGCUCCUACUCCUCUAAGGAUAAAGCAACAACUGAGUCAAGAAACAUAUAAAGGGUAGUUUGUUAUGACCCGGGAUGCAAGUGCUAAAGAACUAAGGGGCAGAAAAGUAUGACCCUUAGUGCUCAUUUAAAAAUCACUGGAGUCUGGCUGCACUUUAUAGGUGAUAAAACUACAUUUCUUUAUUAAAAACAUUGCAAUCUUAGUAAACCCAAUCACAAACCAUUACAAUGUCACUUUGUAUUCUAUAAUUGCACUGGAAAAGAACAAAUAAAACAACACAAUGUUGUACAAUGGA